AUGUCUCUGCGACAGGCCAUUAAAUCAAAAUUUCGUUCUGAAAAACCUGAGAUAGACAUAAUGCCAACACCCACAAUUCUGCAAACAUUCCCCUCUGAAGAACGUCUCCUGGAAGAACUUCCAGAUGAAUGUCCCCAUCAUGAUAAAGAGACUGAAGACUCUUGCAGUGUAUGUUAUGAAUCUCAAGUGGCACAACUACAAGAGCAACUAGUUGCUAUAAUGUUAGAAAACCAACAACUAGUGAACGAAAUCAAAGAACUAAAAAGUCAAACCAUGAUUGAUCAACUGUUGAAGCAGCUCGAUAAGGAGAAGGAGCGCGCCCGUAUGCUUGCCGACAAGCUUCAUGAAAAAGAAAGCAGUUCGCUCAGUAGUAAAUCUCCAAGGUUGCGUCGAUUUGUUCGUAAAGACAAGCACAACGCAGAAAAAGUGAAACUCACCGAUAUAGGUGAAACUUCUGGUAUGUCAUCGAUUAGUGAAAAGGAGGAUGGUCUGGAUGUUGGCAAAGAGUUAGAAGAAGAGAAAGAAAUACAUAUAGAAACAACACCAGUGCUCAUGGAAUCAGUGCCGUUCCCUGCGGUUGAAAAACCUUCCACCUGGUAUGGCAGAAUACGAGCAUGGAUCAACUCCUACUUUUCCGAGCUUGCUGACGAUUUUACGGAAACGGUGGUCGAUGAUGAUGACAGUGGAGAGGAUGAUCCUGAAGGUGACGCUCUGACUGUUCGAAAGCUUAAAGACAAUUUGGUUAGGUUUAGUAAUGCUACAAAACCUGUUUCUAAUCUUGUGGAUGGCAUUAUAUCAUUACUUAGAUGGAAUUCACCUGGAACAACCAUGCUGGCUUUUUGUGUUUAUAUGUACACAGUAUAUCAUGGCUGGCUUCUCCCUUUGACUCUUUUUCUUGCUGUCUGUCAGUUAACUCUAAAUUAUGUAAGAGGCUGGUUCUCUUCACCUCAUGUAUCCAGAAAGCAAGAGCAUGAAGAAGGAGAUAUGGGUGUUUCUGAUAAAUUCCAAUUGGUUCUUCAUGUUGCUAGAAAAGUCCAAAAUCAGUUGGGUCACAUGGCUAAUUGCUUGGAAAAAGUUAAAAAUUUAAUGUUGUGGCAACAGCCAGAAGUGACAGGUCAUUUAUACUUCCUUUUAAUUGUUGGUUUUAUUACUUCCUGUAUUUUUCCUGCUCAUCAGCUUUUUACUGUUGCUGGUUUUUAUCUGGGCGUCAAACUUUUUAUCAUUGACUACUUAUUUUAUCGCUUUCCAAGAGUUCAGCAAAAGCACGAUACUACUGCUCGUUUAUGGAAGAAUCUACCAACUGAUGCUCAACUCGAAAGGAAACACAACAGAGCUGAGCUGGACAAACUUGUCGUGAAUCAAAGCAGCAGCGUUUGCACUUCCCUGUCAUCCGAAAAUCAGAAUUUCUGUGAACUUUUCAAUUUGCCACCAAUGGAGACGCCUCUGCCUGCAUGGCAUGGAGGUCGUAGAUGUACAUUGAUUAAUAAGGACAAGUCUCUUACUGCUGCGUUCAAGAAUGGACGUCUCUACUUAACAAACAGUUUCUUGUGCUUUGAAAGGUCCAAAUCGGUCACACCUAAAAACUUAGUAUUAGCAUUGAGAAACAUAAAUAGAGUAGAAAAGGCCAAACCAUAUCCAUGGAUACCUGGUGGUGGAAUGGCUAUUGAAGUAACUAUGAUUUCUCCUGAAAAGACAUACAUUUUCGGCGCAAUACUGAACCGGGACGAGACUUUGGAGAGCAUAAUGGACGCCGGUCAAAAAGCAGGCCUCUCCUGGGCCACAGCGCCACCUUCCCAACCCGAGCACGAAGAAGUCGUCGCGGGUCCAAGCACGAAAAAACCAGCUGCUACGUGA